AGAAUUCUCAAUAAUUGGACUACUUCUAAUUGCUCUUGGUACGGGUGGUAUAAAGCCAUGUGUAGCGGCAUUCGGUGGUGAUCAAUUCAUUCUGCCGCAGCAAGAGAAACAUCUCGUCAUGUUCUUCUCAGUCUUCUAUUUUGCCAUAAAUUCUGGCUCACUCAUAUCAACAUUCCUCACUCCGGAACUCCGUAAUAACGUUAAAUGUUUUGGAGAUCAGGAAUGCUUUUCCGUCGCCUUCCUUGUACCGGCCAUCCUUAUGAUUGUCUCAAUUAUCAUAUUCGUAAGUGGAAAAUCUCUGUACAGACUGAAGGAACCAGAAGGCAAUGUCGUCUUGGAUGUUGUCAAAUGUAUGUCGAGAGCGGUUUACAGAAAAGUAAAGAGAAAGAAAGAGGUUGAGCGUGAACACUGGCUAGAUUAUGCAGAUGAUAAGUAUGACACCACAUUAAUUUCCGAUAUUAAAGCCGCUCUGCAAGUGCUGACUCUCUUCAUUCCGUUACCAUUCUUCUGGGCUCUGUUUGAUCAGCAAGGAUCACGAUGGACCUUUCAAGCAACAAGAAUGGAUGGCCAAAUUGGGAGCUUUCUCGUAAAAGCCGAUCAAAUGCAAGUUAUCAAUCCACUCUUCAUUGUCAUCUUCAUUCCAAUAUUUGAAACCUGUUUAUACCCUUUAAUGGCAAAGAUCAAAUGCAUCGAUACACCAUUAAAGAAAUUGACUACUGGUGGACUUUUAGCGGCCGUCGCCUUCAUUUUGUCGGCUCUCGUGGAAUUAAAAUUAGAGACGACUUACCCUGUUCUUCCAACCAGUGGAACAGCACAAUUGCGGAUUUUUAAUCCAAGAGACUGCACAUUGCCAAUUAUAGUUAAUAAUCAAUCGAUAGUUAUGGAACCGUUUGGUAUUUGGGGAGACAGUGAUGUGAACAUAAAUGGGAAUAAAUCAAUAGCCUACAGUGCCGAUUUUUCGCAAUGUGGUUCAAACAAAAAUUUCUCAGGAAUUAUUACAGCUGUAGAAGGCCACGCUACUUCAUAUGUACUUCAACCGUCUUCAGAAUCGUAUUCGUAUAUGUACGAGGAUUACGUUAAUAAGAGUACGAGUGGAAAUCCUGCAAUUCGAGUGCUGAGUUAUAACACAUUGGGGUCUAAAGUCAUCACCAGAGUUGAAUUAACACAGGCGAAUUAUGUUUUUCAAACAACAAGCACAGAACGGGAUAUAGCACAAGUAACACCAGUGGCUGACUUUGCUCCUGGAGAAUAUAAUAUCAAAGUCAAUGGAAAGGAUGUUGGAUCCAUCUUCAUCAAACUCGGUGGUGUUUAUACCCUGCAGACGUAUAUUCAUGAGAAUAUAACGAAAAUAAACCUCACCACCAUCACUUCAGCCAAUUCUCUUCACAUCCUAUGGCUCAUUCCUCAGUACGUCGU